UCAUGGACGAUCGGCUCGCAUGUCCGUCCGUACGACUGUUGGUGGUGAAGUGUCCUUGACUCCUGUCUCCACUAUCCUAUGUCAAUACGGCACGUGAUGCUUCUCAAGAGAAAUGAAUGGGCACUCAUAUGUGUAUGUACGUUUUACUAAUGCGCACGAACUCAAUGCUUUCUCGCUGGAUGCGCCAACGGCUGUCACGGCCAACAUGAUAAGAGGUCAGAGCGCAUUGAGGCCGUUGCAAUCCGCGACUGCACGAUAAUUACACAAUAGUUGGAUGACAUGUUCUGCGAUGCAUUUUCCGAACUCGGUGCAGGGCGCAGUGGUCGCAGCGACGGACAAUGUUGGAUGAGUAAGAACGAACCAACGGACGGAGUAUGCACUCUGCACUGAUGUGGGCUUGCGGCGCUGGCCAAUAUUCAUUCGACCGAUUACGACGUCCUGUAGAAGAGAAGAGGAAAAAGAAAAGGAAAAAGAAACUAAAGAGAGAGGAAAAGACAAAAAGAGGCGCGAUGAAGUUGGCGAAUGGGUAUGAAACGAGCGGAGGGAAGAGAUGGACGCAACAGCGGUUAGUGGGUGAGGCCGUAGCCGGAUGGCGGUUUGGUAGACGGAGGGCUGAUGCUUGCGCAAGAGGGAGUAGUAAUCGGAAUGAACCGAGAUUGGGAUGGUCACAAUUGGUUGAAGGGCGAUGGGGUUUGUUCUUUUUUUCUUUCCUUUUCUUUUCUCCCGCAGACCAGGAUGAGGGUUGGAGGAGUGAGGACCACUCAGUGGUCUGUCGAAGGCUGGAUGGCUGGAUGAUGGAUGAACAACAAAGAGAGGGGAAGGGAUUAGGCUGGCACGAUGGUGCAAUGUUCGGAAGCGAUCUGAGGUGGAAUCUGCGACAAGAGAUCGCUAUGAUCUUUUUUCACGAUAGUGAGCCUAGAUGGAAUCGUGAAACCGUGGGAGAAAGGUCACGGGCAGUACAGCAGCUUGGGCGUGUUGGUAAGUAGACACCUAGUAAGUACUCCGUACCUAGGUAGCUAAGGUAGCAGGUAUCUGCUAACUAUGCAAUAACCACUUCGUAGCUUUUGUGAUCUGGCAGAG